AUGGGCUGGACAGAGGCAGGAAGGGUCACAGCUACAGGCCAGCACCCGGCAUCGCCAUGGCAACAGCUGCCCGAGCUGAGCCUCCUCAUCCCCUUAAAGGCCCUCACCUCUGCAUCCCUGCCCCUCAUCUCUUCAUUCUGGCCCCUCACCUCUCCAUCCCAGAGCCUCAGCUCUCCAUCCCAGCCCCUCACCUCUGCAUCCCGGCCCCUCACUUCUCCAUCCCAGCCUCUCACCUCUGCAUCCCACCUCUCCUCUGCAUCCCGGCCCCUCACCUCUCCAUCCCUGCCCCUCAGCUCUCUGUCCCGGCCCUCACCUCUGCAUCCCGGCCCCUCACCUCUCCAUCCCGGCCCCUCACUUCUCCAUCGUGGCCCCUCACCUCUGCAUCUUGACCUCUCACCUCUGCACCUCGGCCCCUCAGCUCUGCAUCCAUCCCGGCCCCUCUACUCUGCAUCCUGGCCCCUCAGCUCUCCAUCCCGACCUCUCAGCUCUCCAUUCUGGCCCCUCCCGUCUGCAUUCCCGGCCCCUCAGCACUCCAUCCUGGCCCCUCAGCUCUGUAUUCCGGCCCCUCAGUUCUGCAUCCCGGCCCCUCAUCUCUCCAUGCCGGCCCCUCAGCUCUGCGUGCCGGCCCCUCAGCUCUCCAUCCCGGCCUCUCAGCUCUGCAUCCCGUCCCCUCAGCUCUCCAUCCCGGUCCCGCGCGCCGCCCUGCUCACCCGCGGGGUCCGCGCAGAGCCCACCAUUCCUGGAGCGAGCAGGCCCCGCCCCACGACGGCCCAGUGCGCGCAACGGCCGCCGCUCGCGCGCUGA